GCACAUCUUCUCUUCAGUAGCAUGGCAGGCAACGCGUGGAGGUCAAUGAAGGAGAUGCUGCGGUUUUACCUGUCCCAGGCCGUGGGGGCCGUCAGGAAACCGGCUCUGUCGUCCUUCUCCAGAGGGAUACAAACGGUCACUCUGAUCCCAGGAGACGGGAUCGGACCUGAGAUCUCCUCUGCUGUCAUGCAGAUCUUUGAGGCUGCGAAGGCUCCGAUCAAAUGGGAGGAGAGGAACGUCACAGCCAUAAAAGGACCUGGAGGAAAGUGGAUGAUUCCCCCUGAUGCUAAAGAGUCCAUGGACAAGAAUAAAAUGGGUCUCAAAGGACCCCUGAAGACCCCGAUCGCGGCGGGACACCCCUCCAUGAACCUGCUGCUGAGAAAGACCUUCGACCUUUAUGCGAACGUGCGCCCGUGUCUGUCCAUCGAGGGGUACAAGACUCCGUACACCGACGUGAACCUGGUCACCAUCAGAGAAAACACGGAGGGAGAGUACAGCGGCAUCGAGCACAUUAUUGUCGACGGUGUGGUUCAGAGCAUCAAACUGAUCACAGAGGAGGCGAGUCGGCGCAUCGCAGAGUACGCCUUCGAAUACGCCAGAAACAACCAAAGAACCAGCGUCACCGCCGUGCACAAAGCCAACAUCAUGCGAAUGUCGGACGGUCUGUUUCUCAGGAAGUGUCGUGAAGUGGCAGAAAACUACAAAGACAUCAAAUUCACAGAGAUGUACCUGGACACAGUGUGCCUCAAUAUGGUGCAGGACCCCAGUAAGUUUGAUGUGCUGGUCAUGCCCAACCUGUACGGAGACAUCCUCAGUGAUCUUUGCGCUGGUCUGAUCGGAGGACUCGGAGUCACUCCCAGCGGAAACAUCGGAGCAAACGGAAUCGCCAUCUUUGAAUCGGUUCACGGCACGGCUCCAGACAUCGCAGGGCUGGACCUGGCGAACCCCACGGCUCUGCUCCUCAGCGCCGUCAUGAUGCUCAGACACAUGGGUCUCCACUCCUACGCAGACAAGAUCCAAACGGCCUGCUUCGACACCAUCAAGGACAAGAAGGUUUUGACAAAGGAUCUGGGAGGGAACUCAAAGUGCUCAGAGUUCACAGGAGAGAUCUGCCGUAGAGUUCAGGACAUGGACUGAAUCGCUCACUCACACUGACGCAGCUCUCCUGUCUGACCUGUGGAGGGCGCUGUUGUUUCACUCCUUCCAAUGCCGACUGUUCGUUCAUUUCUCUGAAGACGCAGAGGAACGGAGGUCGGCUUUAGAGAGCUCCGUGCUGCCAUCUACUAUUUAUUUCUGUCACGUUUCAUUUACAGCUAAUACAGUCCAAGUCUGUGUGUUUCUGGUGAAGAACAUUGGAAUUUACUAUAGAGUAUGUGUUUUAAAGAGGGGGUAUUAUACAAAAUCGACUUUUUAAAGCUUUCUACCACGUUAUAACGUUUUUCCCUCAUCAAAAACAUGCCUGACGAGGGUUUAGAUGUCAUCCAAAUUCAAACCCUCCUUACAGUCUACGUCUAAAUCUACGUCACCCAUGCUCCUACACGACAGUUCUCCAUAAAUAUACAAAAACAUGAUCCAAAACAAUACACUACAACUUCACAAACCGGAUGUAGUUUCAUUAGCUGUGUUGUGAUGAUGCUCUGAAGGGGGACUGGUUUAGCCCGGAAAGCAAAGAGAGGGGGAAGGAACUAAGGCGACGUUCAGACUGCAGCCUGAAGUGAGAUCUGAUUUUUUUUCACCCCUAUGCGAACUGUAGCUGAUCUUUUAAUGACAGUCUGAAUAACAUAGAUCCGAUUUUUUUCAAAAGCCACCCAGGCCACUUGGAUAUGUGCUCCUAAAACCGAUACAUAUCCGAUCUUUUGACAUGCGACUUCAGUCUGAACGGGCAGGUCACAUUCAUCCCACCUACAUGUCAAACUCGGAGUCUAGUCUAUGGAGAGAAAGCAAGGUUUGCGAGUUUAUUAAUAGUUGGGGAGAUCGCUGUAUUCAGGCCAAAAUUGGAGGAGUCUUAUCGGUUUUUAAAAUGAUUGCCAAAGAAAUGUCCGGGCGCAGCUACAGUCGGUCCGGGCAUCAAUGUCAACAAAAAAUAAAGAGAAUGCAAGCGAAAUACAAGGAGACUAAAGACUCAAACUAACUAACUGUGGACGUGUAACCUGUCCAUUUUACGAAGAAGUGGACCGUAUUUUGGGAGACAACCCCAAAGUUUAGGCGACUUCUGUAAACACUGAGCACGGUCGCUGUGUGACGUCGUCGUCGUGUCCUUUUGGGGCGUUUAAAGUUCACACUGGAGAUCACAUACAAGUCGCAUUUAACUGGAAAUGUGAACGACCUUGCAAAAAAUCUGAAUUGAGCAUUAAGCCCUGCAGUCUGAACGUAGCCUAAGAGUCAAAAACAAACACAAGAAAAAACAAAACUUGCUAAAAUAUUGUUUUUUGGCAAAUAUAGCAUUUUGAAAACAACAAAACGUAACCUGGUGAUCUAAAUAAGCCACGUCUUAGCAGUUAAUACCUCUCAGAAGUGUAAUACUCCCUCUUUAACAAUGUCUAAACUACAUUAAACCUGGGCUAAACCAAGUAUAUGACCAACAUGUCUAUAUGACCUGCGCUCCACUUGUUGAAAACUACUAGGGAUGUAAUAAUAACCAAAAUAUUGUGAUAUCGCAUCGUCAAAAGUCUCACAAUAUAUCGAAUUACAAGUUCCUUUGCUUAAAUGCAUGGUUUUAUAGUAGUAACAGAUUAUGAACAUUGGGAACUACAUAUCCCAUGAUUCAUUUCAGCAUAGUCAACAUGAAGAAAUAUGUUUUUUACUUGAAUUAUUGAGAUUUUGACAGAAAUAAUUCACAGCAAAUUCUUGUUAGGGUAUUUUAAAAGCAAAAAAAGCAUCCUGUCUGCAAAUAUAUCAGCUUAUUUCCAAAAUAUCGCAGUAAAUAUCGUACCAGGAUAGGAAUAUCGUGAUAAUAUCGCAUCGAGAGAUUUGGAUAUUGUUACAUCCCUAAGAAUUACCACCGUUUUCAAUUUCAAAUGCGUACAGUUUAAGACUUGAGACACCAUGCUGCCUUUGACAUUAACAUAUUACUGUAAUAACAAGCUUUUCCAUUGCCUUAUAUGGAAGAAUGUAACUUAGCAGGUAUUUGAGGCACUGUGUGUAAGACUAUGGUGGGCCAGGAAAUAUUACAUGAAAAAAGUACUUGGUUUAGGCCCUGUGCUGAGAUUCAUGCAUUUUAUAAUAUAUACAAAUGCCUUUUUAAAGAUGUACUACAUAACUCUUUUGUCUCGACGAAUAGGUUAAGUUAUGUUAUUAGGUUCUUUUUUCAGACCAAGAGUUUGUUUUCAUACAGUUUCGACUGCUCACACACCUGCGAUACUGUCCUGAGGAAGUUGGAGUGCAGAUGGCGCUGUCGUCCUGCCUCCACUGGUAGGAAAACAGCGUCAAAAUCUGUUUGUCACAGCAAAAUCCAUGUCGUUUUUCAAUAUAAAACCAAAAAUAAGCAAACGAAAAAAACAACUAUUUUCUUCAUUUGUCUCCAAAACCAAAAUGAAACAACAGAUAACGAUUUUAUUUUAUUUUUUCAGUUUUUGAUUUUGUGUUUAUCCGUGUGACUUAAACUGCAAUACCUGACUUUUGUGCUGCAUAUGGACUGAACCAGGACUGAAGCAGGUCGAGAACCGACCCGGGACUGAGGGCCCGGGACUGAGGGCCCGGGACUGAGGGCCCGGGACUGAGGGCCCGGGACUGAGGGCCCGGGACUGAGGACCCGGGACUGAGGACCCGGACUUGACACCGGGACCAAACCAGGACUGAAAACAGUUUAAUCCUUAUUUAAUCCUGUUUUUGUCCUGGUUCUGUCCUGGUUCAGUCCGGCAUCGCAGUUUAAGUCACAUAAACGUGAAACGGUCAUUAUCCAUUCAAUUAAUGAAGAAAACUGUUGUUUUUUCAUUUUCUUAUUUUUGGUUUUAUAUUGAAAAAAACUAAUGACACACGGAUUCAGCAACAUCACGUGACCACUCUGAGGAAGACCACGAAACUAUCGGGUAUGAAAACAAACUCGGUCUGAAAAAAAACCAAAACCUAAUAACAGAUAGAGCAGGUUGAUGUUUUGCCUGGGAUGUUUCACAGUGUGGCAUUAAACUUUAUUAUUAUCUCCAUGGAAACAAGCAGAUGAGAGCUAUUUCAGUUUAUCCUGCGCACAGAAAGAAUGCGUAUUUUUGAGCACGAAAAACAUUCGUAAUUGAAUAAGUGUCUGGAUGGCUAAUGUAACACUGUGGAACAUUGCAGGCAAUGGCGUAACAUCGUCGUGGAACAAGGAAGCGACAGAUCGUCCACUAGAAAAGUUGCAUAGUGCAGUUUAAAAAUACCGUAGGCUAAAAAGCGGAUUUGAAAGUUUGAAAGUUGACGAAAAUAUCAAAACUGGUUAUUCGUUUCCAAUGGAUUUCGCCAGUUAAUCGGACUUGGAUUUUCUCUUCUCAGACUUUACUUAUUUACCAUUGCUGCCUGUGUCUCUGUACUUUUGCGUUGUUAUUUGCAGCUUUUGUGGAUUCAAACAUUCACUUUGAAAUAUACGCACAAUUUCAAAACAUGACCAAGAACGAUUUGAGAUUAUUUCUUAACCAAAAAGUGAUUUUCAUAUCGUCAUCUUUGCCUGUAUUGUCUUUGCCGUAAAAUAAUCACUAUUUUUUUAAACGGUGAACUGCUGUAACCGUUUUUAAUAUCGUCUUAUUUAUUGUUCAAUGUUACUGUCACAUGCUGCCAUCCACAAAUAUACAGUUUAAACAGUUUAUGAAGGUCUAUAUAAAGCAAGCUAUGCUCAUUGUAUAUUUUCUGUUACCAACAGAACAGUGACAGAAUCUCGUCUUACAACAAGGUGGCGCUGUCUUCACUCUGUGCAGCUGAUAUCACUGUGACUGCAGUAAAGGAGACUUUGAGAAAACUGGUGAAAUGAAAAGCAAAAUAAAACUUGUAUUUAUCUCAA